AUGCGCAUCACCAGCCUGUUCGCCCUCCUCCCGCUUAUCGCAGCGACCUCUUCUCUCCGAGGGCGUCAAGAAGGACCCUCAGCCCUGGAUGACCCGUGUACAAGCGCUUGUGAUGAUCAGGCGGAGCAACAGAUGGCUAGUACCGGAUGCGGUGAAGACGGAGCCUGUCUGUGUCAGAACCAGACGUACCUCCAGUCCAUCUACGCCUGCCUUGCUAAGGAGUGCCCCGCGGACAAGGUCGAAGCCAUGAAGGCCGAGUUCCAGGAAACCUGCGCCGCAAUCAUCGCGAUUGGCGAGGAUGAUGACGAGUCCUCGAGUAGCAUCUCCAGCGGUCUCAGCUCGAUCUCCUCAGCGGUGGCUUCUCGCUCGGUCUCUGCCUCUUCAGCUGUGCGCAGCAGCGCUUCCGCCACUCCGACAUCUUCCGGCGCGCUCGCGUCUUUGAGCAGCGUGGCUUCGUCCGCUUCAGGUGCCGUCUCAUCCGUUAGGAACAGCGCGAGCUCCGAUGCUGCAUCGGCGUCUUCCAGCGCUUGGGCGGUCCCCACUGCUGCAGCAGGUAUCAUGGGCGUGGUCCUCGCCGCGGUAGGCGCCGUGGCCGCUGUCUAA